ACAAAUUACUGGGAUUGCCACCUGCUUUUGAGCUUGCAGCUUCCUUUAACUCUUAUAUUCAGUCAAAUCUGUCGGGUAGUGUGUCUUUCAACGCAGUAUCAGUCAAACCUCCUCUGUAUUCACGAUUAGAUCGAUUAGAUCUGUGGUACACGAUGGUCGCCUUCAAUAUGUGGUUCGUCACAGUUCUCGCCAUGCUGAAGCCGACAUUACCUUUAUAUCCUGUGCUGCAUCAGACCUGUAGUGAACGACGUCCUCAAGAUGCAGUGGUGCCUGUGCGAGAGGAAUGGGACACCGAGAUGCACAACUGGAGGCCUCUUCAGCUAUAUUUUGUGUAUGACCCAUACGUCGAAGAGGACACACCGCAAGAGCUUUACAACCUAUCACAGAAAAUCAUAGCCGUAUUAUGUAGAAGGACACCGAACUGGUCCCCUGAAACUCCUUUCUUGGCGAGAGUUUCUGGAACAGCCAAGCUUUCCAAGUCGGAGGAAUUCACGUACCUGAGUGUCCACAGGGAGGGUGGCGUUGUGUAUGCGACUCCGGGUCAAGCUGAGGAUUACCUUGCGGUAAAUUCAGAGGCAUCGCUCGCCGACUUGGUUAUCUUUGUGAUCAGGUUUGACUAUCACAGUCGUAUCAGUAUUGAUCCUAAGGAUGAUUCUUCGCUUUACAUUCCACCUUACACCAUGAUAUGUUCCAAGUUCAAGUUUGGAUUCUUCGUUGGCACAUAUGGAGGGAAUCAGGUCGUGUUCUCUUCCGUGCCGUGGGAACUUAUGAUCGUGGAGAUCGACCCCCGCGAUUAUACUUUGGAACACGCGUUUCGAUACGAAGUCCACGGUGUAGUACGAGCCACAGGGUUGGAAGCCUACAGAAGGAUUCUCAUGGGACUAGACAAGUACCAGUGCUAUAACACGAGAAGCGUGUGCUGCGAUGCGGUUCAGGAGGGGAUGUACCCAGAAGGAGUGUACCCAGGCGGGGAGCACCCAGAUGGUGUGAGGGAUGAAACGAAAAUAUGAUUAUAAAUAGGUGCGGCUACCUUGAGUAGCGUUGCAGCUUGAAUGCCCAGGAAUGUGCACAACGACAUUCCAACGUUUAUUUUCUUGGUGAAAUAAAAAUGCUUCUACGUAGU